AUGUCUGCUCUCCGCAACACCCGGACUGCCACAAGGCAGGUCCGUGGCUUCUCGACCUCUGCCAACCUUCGUGUCGGUCCCGAGUCGCCUCAUUUCAUCGAAGCUCCUCGAAUUGUCCAGCCGAGCAACCCUGCCAAGCCCCAUGUCAAGGGUACCCUUCCCGUUCCUCGCGAGCUCUUCCCGGCUCGCCGUCAAGACAAGCCGCGCAAAGCAUAUAUCGAUGCCGUGACACCCCGUCCCCUGUCUGAGCGCAAGGUCAACCCUAAGAGCGCCGACCCCGAGAAGCAGGCCUUCAAGAUCAAAAUGGCGGAGCUGCGGAGAAGCAACCUUCGGGAGGGUCUCCGCAAACUUUACAAGCGGAAACAAAUUGCAGAGCAAACGGUGUUCGAGCGAAGUCUCGAGAACCAGGCCCGACGAGAGCGCGUCCUUCAACAACCAGAGCCGGAAGAUGAGCUCCUGACUCGGUCAUCUGUCGUGGAGGCGAUGCGGCCCCAGAAGGGUGCUGCUCUGUCAGACCCCAACCGGGAAGCACGCUUGGCCCUCUCGCGGGCGCGCAUGGAGGCUAAGCAGGCACAAAAGGACGCCUUGCGCCAGGAAGAACUUCAGUCGCUGUACAUGAACGCGCGCACCUUCAUCGUGAACGAAGAACAGCUCGCCGCUGAGAUCGACCGAGUAUUCCCCGAGGGUGAGAACGAGGCCUGGCGCAAUGACCAUCAGCAGGGUGAGAACAUCUGGAACCUGGGUAUCCCGCCGACCGUGCAGCACUUUGUCAACGACUCGCGGAAGAGUGAGACAGCUCGCUGGGAUGUGAUCCAGGACCGAGUGAAGAAGCUCGGCGAGCAGAUCACUGGUGGCAAGCUGUGA